GGCUUUCCCAUCAGCCAUGUUGGUUGCGUCGGCAGCGCUCGGGCUGCUGGGCUCAGUGUGAGGGAGUGGAGCGAGCGAGGCGGGUGAGGCAGAAAUAAGAGAGUAAUUAUGACAACCUUCCUGGAGUUCAUUCAGCAGAAUGAGGACAGGGAUGGCGUUAGAUUCAGCUGGAACGUGUGGCCUUCCAGUCGUCUUGAAGCCACAAGAAUGGUGGUUCCAGUGGCCUCUUUGUUUACACCACUGAAAGAGCGGCCCGACUUGCCUCCCAUUCAAUAUGAGCCAGUCCUGUGCAGUAGAACAACAUGCCGUGCGGUUCUAAAUCCAUUAUGCCAGGUGGAUUACCGAGCAAAACUAUGGGCUUGCAACUUUUGUUACCAGAGAAAUCAGUUUCCUCCUACAUAUGCUGGCAUAUCCGAGCUGAACCAGCCUGCAGAACUCUUACCUCAGUUUUCUAGUAUUGAAUAUGUAGUACAGCGUGGACCUCAGAUGCCUUUGAUAUUCCUUUAUGUUGUUGAUACUUGUAUGGAAGAUGAAGAUUUGCAAGCUUUAAAGGAAUCCAUGCAGAUGUCAUUAAGUCUCCUACCUCCAACUGCUUUAGUGGGGCUUAUUACUUUUGGGAGAAUGGUGCAAGUUCAUGAGCUUGGCUGUGAAGGAAUUUCCAAAAGUUAUGUCUUUAGAGGAACGAAGGACCUGUCAGCAAAACAGCUUCAGGAAAUGUUAGGACUUACAAAAAUGAAUGUUUCACAAGUGGGUCGUGGUCCUCAGGUACAGCAGCCACCACCAUCUAACAGAUUCUUACAGCCAGUGCAGAAAAUUGACAUGAAUCUCACUGACCUUUUGGGUGAACUGCAGCGGGAUCCUUGGCCUGUUCCCCAAGGGAAAAGACCUUUACGAUCUUCUGGAGUGGCUCUGUCUAUAGCUGUAGGGCUGCUAGAGUGUACUUUUCCUAAUACUGGUGCCCGCAUAAUGAUGUUUAUUGGUGGACCAGCUACCCAGGGACCUGGGAUGGUUGUAGGGGAUGAACUUAAGCUGCCUAUAAGAUCUUGGCAUGACAUUGAAAAAGACAAUGCCAAAUAUGUUAAGAAGGGUACGAAGCAUUUUGAAGCUCUGGCAAAUCGUGCUGCCACAACAGGUCAUGUUAUUGACAUCUAUGCAUGUGCACUAGAUCAGACUGGUCUUUUGGAGAUGAAGUGCUGUCCUAAUUACACAGGGGGCUACAUGGUAAUGGGAGACUCUUUCAAUACAUCCCUGUUCAAACAAACCUUUCAGCGUGUGUUUACCAAAGAUGUGCAGGGGCAAUUCAAGAUGGGAUUUGGAGGCACCUUAGAAAUCAAGACCUCAAGAGAAAUAAAGUUAUCUGGAGCUAUUGGACCUUGUGUAUCACUCAAUUCUAAAGGGCCUUGUGUAUCAGAAAAUGAGAUAGGAACAGGAGGUACAUGCCAGUGGAAGAUUUGUGGACUUAGCCCUACUACAACACUAGCAUUGUAUUUUGAGGUGGUUAAUCAGCACAAUGCUCCAAUUCCUCAGGGUGGGCGGGGUGCAAUCCAGUUUGUGACUCAGUACCAGCAUUCAAGUGGACAGAGACGUAUUAGAGUAACCACUAUUGCCAGGAAUUGGGCAGAUGCUCAGACACAGAUUCAAAACAUCGCUGCUUCUUUUGACCAGGAAGCAGCUGCCAUUCUUAUGGCCAGACUAGCAGUGUACCGGGCUGAGACAGAAGAAGGACCUGAUGUUCUUAGGUGGCUGGACAGACAGCUUAUCAGACUGUGCCAGAAAUUUGGAGAAUAUCACAAAGAUGAUCCAAGCUCCUUCAGAUUUUCAGAAACCUUCUCCCUUUACCCACAGUUUAUGUUCCAUUUAAGAAGAUCUCCUUUCUUGCAAGUGUUCAACAACAGUCCUGAUGAAAGUUCCUAUUAUCGCCAUAACUUCAUGCGCCAAGAUCUGACCCAAUCACUUAUAAUGGUUCAACCAAUCCUCUACGCUUAUUCUUUCAGUGGACCCCCAGAGCCUGUUCUUUUAGACAGCAGCAGCAUUCUGCCUGAUCGCAUUCUUCUCAUGGACACCUUUUUCCAGAUCCUUAUUUAUCAUGGAGAGACCAUAGCUCAGUGGCGCAAGUCAGGCUAUCAGGACAUGCCAGAGUACGAAAACUUCCGUCAUUUGCUCCAAGCUCCAUCGGAUGAUGCACAGGAAAUUCUUCAUUCCAGAUUUCCAAUGCCACGGUACAUUGAUACAGAGCAUGGAGGUAGUCAGGCCCGUUUCCUGCUUUCUAAAGUAAAUCCAUCUCAGACACAUAAUAAUAUGUAUGUCUGGGGACAGGAAACUGGAGCACCCAUUCUUACAGAUGAUGUCAGUCUGCAAGUCUUCAUGGACCAUUUGAAGAAACUUGCUGUAUCAAGCGCUGCCUAAAAGAGUGUGGAGUGUUACAGAUGAUGACUAGCUGGAACAACACUUCAGCUUUAUUUUCCGUUUUAUGUAAUUGCAAAAUGAACGCUCUGAUAUGC